AUGUGGACCCGGCAAGACUUCUCGGAGUUGAACAAGCGCAUUGACGCUGCUAGCAAGAAAUACAAGAGGGCCAAAGCUGCGGCUGUGCCGCGGCCUGCUCCUGUGGUGUCUCGGUGCAGGCCUGACAAUUUUGUUUGUGUAAUGGUUUACAUCUUGGCAGGGCGCUUGGCUGGAGUUGCAGCCGAUUUUGUUCUGGGUCGUGGGUGGGGGCACAGGUGGCAGAGGAGAGGCCGGCGCAGGUUUGAGCAAUGCAGCGACAGAAAACAUUUGUUAGCAGACAUUGAGGAGGCUUACGCGCGCGCGCCUGUGUCGGCUGUGGCUGCGUUGGCAAAAGACCCGUUCAGUCAUUUUGAAUUUGAUGAAUUGUUGUGCGCUCACAAGUACGUGAUGGAACACCGGCUGGCGGCCUGGAUUGCUGUCCAAAACGUAGAGCAUUCUGUUGCGCCAUCUCGGGAACAAGUGCUAGCGCAGAUCCCAAUGCACAUUGCUGCGGAAGCCCCUCCGAAAAUUCGAAAACGUUUGCGCAGCUUGGCCUUUGGCGCUCCAAGGAAGCAGCGGAAGUGGUUGGCCAGGUUUCGAAGGCGAUGGGGCUGUAGCUUUGGUGUUCUACGACCGCAAGAUUAUGUACCAGUGGAGGAGCGAAGAUCUAAG